AUGAAUGGAUCAAGAGAGCAAACUCUAGCAAAUGGCUUCAACCGGAAGGCUAUUUGUGUGAUCAUAUCUUCUUUGUGCAAGGAGGAGCAAUAUAGAGUCCAACAUUGCACAACCACUAAAGAUAUGUGGAAGAUUCUUGGCAACUAUCAUGAAGGUAUAAUUCAAGUUCAAAACAAGAAGGUGGAGCUUCUCAUUAGUGAAUAUGAGAGUUUCAAGAACAAGCCUAAUGAGACUAUUACCGAGAUUACCAACCGUCUUCUCUCCAUCACUACCAAUCUCAAGAAACUCGGUAAGCACUAUACUCUUGGUGAGAUCAAUGGCAAAAUUCUUCGCUCAUUGGAUAUCCUAGAUUGGCAACCGAAGAUAACCGCUAUUGAGGAGUCAAGUAAUAUGAAAAACUUGAGAACCGAUGAGCUCAUUGGAAACUUGCUUCUUCAUGAGAUGACUUACAUAAAGGAAAUCAAUAAUCUCAAGAAGGCUCAAGAUGAGAAGAACAAGGGAAUUGCUUUGAAAGCUAAGGCAAUUGAAAGCAAGAUUGAGAAGGAGCUCAACAUGAGUGAUGAUGAAGAUGAUGAAGAUAUGGUUUUGAUGGCAAAGAGAGUGAGGGAGUGGAAGCUAAGAAAGAAAGGCCAAUUCCAAAGAUAUGAGCAAAAAGGUGAUUCUUCUAACUUCAAGAAGCCUUUCACUCCUAAGAAUGAGCCUUCUAAUCCCUCUCCUAUAAGAGAUGUUACUUGCUAUGGAUGUGGUAAACCGGGUCAUACUAAACCGGAUUGUAGAGUGGGAGCUAAAAGAACCUUCCCAAUCAAAGAAAAGAAGGGUCUAGCGGCUACUUGGGAUGAUGAAGUGGAGGAUUCUGAUAAUGAAUGUCAAGAAGAAGAUAGAGCAAAUCUUUGCUUCAUGGCAUUUGAGGAGGAAUCUACUCCUAAGGUAAGUCCUCUACCUUUUCUAUCUUGGGAUGGUAUAGGUGUUGAAACACAUGAUAGCUCUAGUAAUAUUGUUGUUAUUGAUAAUGUUGUUAAUAAUGUUGACUUGCUUGAUGACUCUAUUAUUGAUGAUUGUGAUGAUGAAUGUGGCAUGAUUAAUGAACUUAAUAAAAAAUGUGGUGACUACUUUACCAAAAUGAAAGGUUUUAAAAAGGAAGCCUUAAUGGCUAAAGUUGAGAUCCUUAAUUUAAAGAAGGAAUUUCAAGACUUUAAGUCAUCUUUAGAAUCUAUCCCCAAACAAGAUGUAAAUAUUUUGCUUGAGGAAAAUGAAAAACUAAAGAGUGAAAUUCUUUCUCUAAAUGAUUCUAUCUCAAGAUUUCAUAAAGGGAAGGGAGCUUUAGAAAAUCUUUUAGAUUCUCAAAGAUCCCCUACCAUAAAAUGUGGGCUUGGAUUUAGUCACAAAAACUCUAUCCCAAGUGUGACUACUUUUGUGAAGGCCUCCUCAUCUUCAACUUCUUGUAAAGAAGUUCCUCCUUCUAUGGCUAAGCCAAAAGAGGUGAAGAAGAAGCAUGCUCAAACUCCUAAGGCAAAGCCAUUUUUUGCUCCUAAGCCUAAGAGCAAGAGGGGUGCAAGACCCACUAGACAUGCUCAUGCCUCCCAAUAUAGUCACAAAUGGGAAAAGAGGAGUAUGAAAAAGAAUCAUGUUCAUUCAUAUCCUCAUGCAUAUUCUCAUACCAAUGCUCAUGCUUUUUCUUAUGAUUUCUCAUGUGCUCAUUGCUAUGCCCAUUCUUGUGAGGUUCCUAGAGUUAACACUCAUUCUAGCUAUGUCCAUAUGUCUUCUAGGCUACAAUGUGUGUAUUGCAUGAGAUAUGGUCACAAAAAUGUGAAUUGUUAUGUGAGGAAAGUUCAAUUGAGGUUAAUUCCCUUGGACUACUCCAAUGCUAACUUCAAAGGACCCAAUGUGCCAAAGAAGACCGUCUCCCAUAAAACCUUAUGGUAUGUUGAUAGCGGUUGCUCUAGACACAUGACGGGCCAAAUCUCCAAUUUUGCUAACUUGAAGAGCAUAGAUGGAGGAAGCGUCACUUUUGGAGAUGAUGCUAAAGGCCAAGUUGUGGGGAUAGGCAAGAUAGGUUAUAGAGUAUCUUUUGACUCUAGAGCUUGCUAUGUUAUUCAACAAAUGAAUAAUGAAGUAGUCUUUAAGGGAUAUCGAAAGGGAAAUAUUUAUCUAAUUGACUUAGAAACGCUUGAAAACCAAGAUGGCAAGUGUUUACUAUCACUUAGCGAUGAAUCUUGGUUAUGGCACCGGAGACUAGGACAUGCUAGCUUGGACCUCUUGAAUGAGGUUAGUAAGGAUGAACUAGUCAAAGGAUUGCCUAAGCUAAAAUUUUCCAAAGACAAAGUGUGUGGACCUUGUCAAAAGGGAAAGCAACACAAGUCUUCUUUUAAGUCUAAAAAUGUUGUUUCAACUACAAGACCAUUACAAUUGCUACACAUGGACUUGUUUGGACCUACUAGAUUUGCUAGCUAUGCAUAUGUGAUUAUUGAUGACUACUCUAGAUUCACUUGGGUUAUUAUUAGAAGUGAUCAUGGAACCGAAUUUCAAAAUGAGUCUUUCAAAGUGUUUUGUGAAGAAAACGGUAUUGAUCAUAAUUUUUCUUCUCCUAGAACACCUUAA